AGACUCUACAAAGUUCAUCGUUCACCUCAGUACGCCAUCGACUGCGCACCAGCGCAGUGCUUUAUUUAGAUCAAACGCAACCAGUGUUUCCUAGUCAUUUAUAAUUAAACGGAUAUGGGAGCGUUCAGAUUGAGGGUGUUGCUGUCGGUCAUCCUUGCUGUUCUGGUAUUCAGCACAAACACGCACGCCAGGGAUGUCACCCACGAAGACAUCAGGGACGCCAUGCUGUCCCUUGUGCGUAUGUUCAGGGUCUCAGAAGAUAAACUUGAUCGCCAUGAGUUCAGGGAGAAAGCUUUCGGGGACCAGAUGAAGAAAAUCCUUUCCACAAUCGAAAAGCGACAGAGAACUCUCGAACCUUUGAAGGGAAUGAUCUCCCGUCUCGAUGAGAGACUGUCUAAUGUGGAAAAUAUAUUUAUACAAAAAGAAGAAAAAGAAAAGGCCACACAGAAGAAAACCAACGAACUUCUAGAGGAUAUACAGAAAUCGUUGCAAUCUUUGACAACUACCGUGACAAAGAACUUGAAAGCACCAAUUAAUGUGGAGAAUAACCUCACAACAGAUGACGUUCCUCUUGGUACUCGACUUGAUGAUACUGAUGCAAAGCUGGAUGCCGUUAAGCAGGAGAUAGCAGCUCUAAAAAACAGUUUAAGUAAGGAGGCCCUUCGUGCAGUGUGUUCUGAAGUCGACGUAAAUCCAUUUGAGCGGCACAUAUCGGAGGCCGAGAAACUCCUCAACAAAUAUGAGUUAAAACUGAACGAGUAUAAUGACACAUCCAAGGUGCAGACAGACUUUGUGCCCCUUAGCGAAGUCUCGUUGGCUGAUGAAGCAUGGCAUAGCAAAAUGACUGAAGUGAUGGAACGUCAAGAGAAGGAUAUAAAGAAGAUUCAACAACUAUUAUCGGACGCGGAAAGCAUGUGGAAAGACUUGCCACGACUUGCAGACCUAAAACGGGCUACCAAUGACACACUGGAGGCAUUGCUUGUUUCGCAAGCAAAUAUUACUACUGCUGGAGACUCGUCUGCCGCAAAAAUAUCAACAAAAAUACGAGAAAUGGGAGAACAUUUAGUCGCGACAAACAACGACAUUCAACAGAGCUUGACGCAGGGGAACACGAUGAGUGAACGAGCCUACAACGAUAUACAGCACAGCUAUGAAACUUUGAGACACGAGGUUCAAGCUUUCUCAAAGAACGAGAAUGUGAUGUUACAAACAGCAGAUAACGUUUUAGCCAACAAAAAACGCAUUGAAUACGGCGUCAACAGAAUCGUUAUGGAGGUGGGAGAGCACGUUAACUUACAGGCACAGAGUCUUAAUAAAACAUUGCUUGACAGGUUAGAUACAAUCCAAAAUGAAUUAAUGGCAAAUCACUCGCUCGCACAUGGGAAUCUGACAGCUAAAAUAGAGUCUGAGAUGUCACAAGUGUGGCGGCAGAUUGGCAUCAUGUACAAACAGAUGACCGCCAGCAAGUCCACGCUUGAUAAACUCACGGAACAAACCCAACAAUAUGUUAAUGGCAGCGCUACGUCCUUGGACGACAUGAAAAAUAAGGUGGCAUUCAUUUCAACCCGAAUGAUUGAAGUUCAAGAAAAUCUGAAUUUCUUAUUGGGAAGUUUGAAGCUGGUCACCGAAGAGUUUAGUCAGAUCAAAACUGGUCUCGGCGAAGCCCUGGAUAAAGCCAAAAUUGACUUACACGAAGUGCGAUCAAAAAUCAAAGAUGGACCUGGGCCGCAUGAUGCCGAUCAAAAAUAAAUUCAAGUUUAAAUUAGUGAAGCCAAAUAACGUAGUUUAACUAACUGUAAUAAGACUAACUGUAAGAAUGAAAAUAAAUUUUUAUACCUA